UCCAAACUUAAUAAAGUAUAAUAAAGUUUAUUUUGCACAGUUUGUAUAAAACAAGCUUUUCCCACCAUUGUUUUGAUGUAUAUUUGAUUUCAUUGCUACAUCUUUUCCUCUCUUUCUUAGCUUGCACUUGGCAAAGAAAAGCAUACUUGAAAGAAAGGAAGAAAGAAAUUAAUUCUCUGAGAAAUGGCUAGAGAAGUUGGCAUAUUUUUAUGUCUCUUGAUUGUUAUCAUGGAUGUCACAGCUGGGAUUCUUGGCAUCGAAGCUGAAAUUGCUCAAAACAAGGUUAAACACUUGAGAUUGUGGAUAUUUGAGUGUAGAGAUCCAAGUCAUAAGGCCUUCAUGUUUGGAUUAGCUGCAUCAAUACUUUUGUCUCUAGCCCAUGUUAUAGCCAAUUUGCUAGGUGGCUGCGGUUGUUUUUGUUUUCAACAAGACAUUCAAAAGUCUUCACCUAAUAGGCAACUCUCAAUGGCUAUCCUCAUUUUAACAUGGAUUGUUUUGGCUGUUGGAUUGAGCAUGCUGGUGAUAGGGACUAAAACAAACAACAGAUCAAGUGGUACUUGUGGUUUCACAGACCAUCAUUUUCUAUCCAUUGGUGGGAUUUUGUGCUUUGUCCAUGGCCUAUUCUGUGUUUCUUAUUACGUUUCUGCCACUGCCUCUUAAUUAGUGACUAAGGAAACACACAUAGAGUGGAGGCCACUUCUGCUCUUGCUUUUGUGCUUUAGGAAUUUGGCUUUACCAAAUUUGUUGCUUUACUAAAUAUGUCCAAGACAUUUAUUUACACUACUUGUACUAUGGGGUAUAAAAGAAAAUCCCAUUUUUAAAUGUUUACCAAAUUAUCCUAUCCACUAAUCCACUGACAUGUGUAGUGUAUGUCUACCACAAUUCUAAUUUAGUUCCUUUAUUUUCUUCUUUGUUCCAAAGCCAUUGGCCAAUGAAAGAUUUUAGGUUACCAUA